CUCUGGGAUAUUACGUUGGUUGAGAAAGUGUUGAAGCUUGACAGGUUCAUUGACUUUUUGGGUGUAUAUGUUUAUUGCUUUGGAGCAUCUUCCGUUGUUAGUUUGCCAAAAAGUAGUAUUUCCAAGUCUUUUUCGCAUAAAAAGUGGAAGUGAACAGCCAGAACAACUACACCAAUGAACGUGUCAGGGAUUCGAAGAAACAUAAAGAAUAUUGCUCACAAUUACACUGAUGCACAGGUCAAGGUGCGAGAAGCAACCAGCAACGAUCCAUGGGGACCGCCAAGUUCACUAAUGUCCGAAAUCUCGGACCUGACCUACAAUGUCGUGGCCUUCUCUGAGAUCAUGCAGAUGAUCUGGAAAAGAUUGAACGAUCACGGCAAGAAUUACCGUCACGUCUACAAAGCCCUGGUGCUUUUAGAUUACUUAGUCAAAACGGGCAACGAAAAAGUGGCGCAACAGUGCAAGGAGAACAUCUUCGCCAUCCACACACUUAGAGAUUUUCAAUACUAUGAGGAAGGUAAAGACCAAGGCGUUCAUGUCCGAGAAAAAUCCAAGGCACUUGAAGCCUUACUAAAAGACGACGAACGGUUAAAGAACGAGCGAAUCAAGGCCCUGAAAGCUCGCGAGCGUUUCGCUCAGCAGACGACCGGAUUCGGCACUGGGUCCGAUUCAAAUGAGCUGAUGUCGCCCUCAAGUCCUACGCGAUGGGAUUUUAUGGGAUCACCUUCCGAGAGCUUCGGAUCGGAUCCAACCGGUUUAGCCACUCGAGCCCGAGCGGCCGUGCCGCCAACGGAUUUGGACCUGGCCCGCCCACAGACGGCCGGUGAAGAAGAACUGCAGUUGCAACUGGCUCUGGCCAUGUCACGUGAAGAAGCUGAAAAGGAAGAUGAGAAGAGACGCUCUGACGAUGUCCGUCUGGCCUUGGCCAUCUCGCAGAGCCAAGAGGGUGGCGCUAUCGUUGGGGGCCGGCCAUCGCAGCAACCACAGCAGCCACAGCAAAGUCACCUGCUUGAUUUGUUGGACGUGAGCGUCAACGACGCUGCGGCCGGAUGGGUCGAUCCCUGGGGUACUCCGGCCCAUCCAUCCGAACCACCAGUUCCCGUCAUGCCUCCAAGACCCAAGAGUUUGGAUCUUCAAGACUACUGGCAUGCUAAUUCAAUGGUGAAAUCGGAUUUCCUGACAGCGCCAACAGGAGGGGCGGCAACUGUCGGGACGACAGGAACGACGGAUGCCUGGGGCAUGCCCGUGGCAGCUGCUUCUCCGUCCCAGGUUGAUGCAUGGGGCAGUCCAGUUGGUCAAGCCGUCAGGCCAGCACCGGCAGCAGCGGCGGUAGCCAGUAGCGCUAAUUUGGGCCAGAUGGUGAACGAUCCAUGGGCACCAACGCCAUCGAAACCAGCAGGAGAAGAUCCCUGGAGCCCUCAACCACCCGUCCGCACGGCCGCUUCGGCCAACGACCCGUGGUCACCGGCCGGAGCAGGUGCCGCUGGAUCCCGAGAAGUGGACGAUUUCGACCUGUUGACCAAUCGAACCCAGGCGGCCUCGCCGUUGGGCAACCGCUCCAACGGAGCCAGUUCGCCUUUCGACUUGACCGGAAUGGACAGCGCCCUGGCCGCUCACAACGACCACGGCGGAGCUAAACCCAAAAAAUCCCCCGAAAGCUUCCUCGGUCCUAAUUCCAAUUUAGUAAACCUGGAAAACUUGGUAAAGUCUUAUCACGUGCCGACCAAGCCCACCGUGGCUCCUGCCGCUAACCCAUUCGCUUUAGGAGUCGCCGGCCAACCGAAUCCGUUCCAACAGCAACCCGCCCCUCGACCGAGCAUCAACGAAUUACGUCACCAGCAGAACUUUGGUGUUUUGGGCGGUCCGCAACAUCAACAGCUAGUGACAUCAAGCCCACCACAACAACAACAACAACAGCUCCAGCAAUUACAACCUAUGACCGGCGUUCUUCAGCCGGCACCAGCCACCGGAGUUUGGGGCCCGACACAGCCCAUGAUGCAGUCCGGUUCGGGCGUGACGUCGCCCACCUUCAACCCAUUCCUUGCCUGAAAGAGAGAAAGAAAUUUAACAAAAACAUCGUCGAAAGA